CCACUCUGGCUGGGCGGGAAAGCUCGAACAGUGAUGCCGGGCUGGAGACUGUGGUAGCUGCUGCGCUCCGGCUGAGGGAACUAGAGACUGCUCCAUCCCUGGCGGAACGCUGUGCAGGCAGGAGUCAUGACGGGCGAGGUGGGUUCCGAGGUUCACCUAGAAAUCAACAAUCCAAAAGUAAUUUCACAAGAGGAAGCAGAUAGUCCUUCAGAUAGUGGACAGGGCAGCUAUGAAACAACUGGACCCUUGAGUGAAGGAGAUUCAGAUGAAGAGAUAUUUGUAAGUAAGAAGUUGAAAAACAGGAAGGUUCUACAAGACAGUGAUUCUGAAACAGAGGACACAAAUGCCUCUCCAGAGAAAACUACCUAUGACACUGCUGAGGAGGAAAAUAAAGAGAAUUUAUAUGCUGGGAAAAAUACAAAAAUCAAAAGGAUUUACAAAACUCUGGCAGACAGUGAUGAAAGUUACAUGGAGAAGUCUUUGUAUCAGGAAAAUCUUGAAGCUCAAGUGAAACCUUGUUUAGAGCUGAGUCUUCAUUCUGGAAACUCUAUGGACUUUACCACUGACAGAAAGAGUUCCAAAAAGCAGACACAUGAUAAAGAAGGAACUGCAGGAAAAGCAAAAGUAAAAUCAAAAAGAAGACUUGAGAAAGAGGAGAGAAAAAUGGAAAAAAUUAGACAGCUAAAAAAGAAGGAAACAAAAAAUCAGGAAGAUGAUGUAGAACAGCCAUUUAAUGACAGUAGCUGUCUUCUUGUGGAUAAAGACCUUUUUGAAACUGGGUUGGAGGAUGAAAAUAACUCUCCAUUGGAAGAUGAAGAAUCAUUAGAAUCAAUAAGAGCAGCUGUGAAAAACAAAGUAAAAAAGCACAAGAAAAAAGAACCAUCUUUGGGGAGUGGGGUCCAUUCAUUUGAGGAAGAAAGCGAGUUAUCAAAAGGAACCAUGAGGAAGGAAAGAAAGGCAGCCAAGUUAAGUAAAGAAGCAUUAAAACAACUGCAUAGUGAGACUCAGCGCCUUAUUCGAGAGUCUGCACUUAAUCUUCCAUAUCAUAUGCCUGAGAAUAAAACCAUUCACGAUUUCUUCAAACGUAAACCCCGGCCCACUUGCCAGGGAAAUGCCAUGGCACUAUUGAAGUCAUCUAAAUAUCAGUCAAGCCAUCACAAAGAAAUCAUAGACACUGCAAAUACUACUGAAAUGAACAGUGAUCACCAUAGUAAAGGUUCUGAGCAGACAACAGGUGCAGAAAAUGAAGUGGAAAUUAACGCACUCCCCGUGGCUUCAAAGGAAAAUUGGAUCACUACUGGAUCAGAUGAGUCUUGCAGGAAGGAUUUGGUAGAAAAUGAAGAGCGAGAAAUUCAAGAGAAACGGAAGCAGAGUGACAUUAGAUCUUCACCUGGGAACAGCUCAGUGUUGCAACAGGAAUCCAACUUCCUUGGGAACAAUCACAGUGAGGAAUGUCAGGUUGGAGGGCUUGUAGCAUUUGAACCUCAUGUCCUGGAGGGCGAAGGCCUCCCAAAACCAAAAGAAACAGAUGAGAAAGUGGAAGAGCCUGGGCAGCAAAGAAAAUCAUCAGCAGUUGUGCCCCCUGAAAAAGUGAGAUGGUUUACUCUGGACAGACUUAAGCAACUGGGAGUAGAUGUUUCCAUUAAACCACGGCUAGGUGCUGAUGAAGAUUCUUUUGUGAUACUUGAUGAACCUGAAACCAAAAGAGAACUGGAAGCCUUGAAGCAGCGUUUCUGGAAGCAUGCUAAUCCAGCAGCCAAACCCAGGGCUGGUCAUACAGUGAAUGUGAACGUCAUAGUGAAAGACGUGGGCACUGAUGGAAAGGAAGAGCUAAAAGCAGAUGUGGUAUCUGUGACUUUGGCACCUAAGAAGCUGGAAGGAGCAAGCCACACAAAACCAGGUGAAAAGCUUCAGGUGCUAAAAGCUAAACUGCAAGAGGCAAUGAAACUCCGAAGGUUUGAGGAACGCCAGAAGCGCCAAGCACUAUUUAAAUUAGAUAAUGAAGAUGGGUUUGAGGAAGAAGCGGAGGAAGAGGAAGAAAUGACAGAUGAGUCUGAGGAAGAUGGAGAAGAUGAGGUAGAGGAAGAAGAGGAAGAACUAGAGGAAGAGGAGGAGAAAGAAGAGGAAGAAGAAGGAAAUCAGGAGAUUGCAGAGUUCCUUCUUAGUAGUGAAGAAAUAGAAACCAAAGAUGAAAAAGAAAUGGAUAAAGACAAUAAUGAUGGCAGUAGUGAAGUUGGCAAGUCAGUUGGCUUCCUCUCUGUUCCCAAGUCUCUCUCAUCAGAUUCUACUUUACUUCUAUUUAAGGACAGCUCUUCCAAGAUGGGUUACUUUCCUGCUGAAGAAAAAUCAGAAACAGAUGAAAACUCAGGCAAACGGCCUAACAAACUGGAUGAGGAUGAUUCAUGUUCAUUGCUAACAAAGGAGAGCAGCCACAAUAGCAGCUUUGAGCUGAUUGGCUCCACGAUUCCAUCCUAUCAGCCUUGCAACAGACAAACAGGCCGUGGGACCAGUUUUUUACCUACAGCAGGAGGAUUCAGAUCUCCUUCCCCUGGGCUAUUUCGAGCCAGUUUGGUCAGCUCAGCUUCUAAGAGUUCAGGGAAACUGUCUGAGCCUUCACUUCCCAUAGAGGAUUCCCAGGAUCUGUAUAACGCCUCCCCAGAACCUAAGACACUUUUCCUAGGAGCAGGAGACUUCCAGUUCUGUUUAGAAGAUGACACUCAGAGCCAACUGUUGGAUGCAGAUGGGUUCUUAAAUGUUAGAAACCACAGGGAUCAGUACCAAGCUUUGAAGCCUCAAUUGCCAUUGGCCAGUAUGGAUGAGAAUGCCAUGGAUGCCAACAUGGAUGAGCUGUUGGAUUUGUGUACUGGAAAGUUUACGUCUCAGGCUGAAAAACAGCUACACAGGAAGAGUGACAAGAAAGAGAACAUGGAGGAACUUCUGAACCUUUGUUCAGGAAAAUUCACUUCUCAGGAUGCCUCUACUCUGGGCUCAUCAGAAUUAAAUAAACAGGAGAAGGAGAGCAGCAUGGGUGAUCCAAUGGAAGAAGCACUUGCUCUUUGCUCAGGCUCUUUUCCAACAGACAGGGAAGAAGAAGAUGAGGAGGAGGAAUUUGGAGACUUUCGGCUUGUUUCAAAUGAUAAUGAGUUUGAUAGUGAUGAGGAUGAACACAGUGACUCUGGUAAUGAAGAUCUGGCACUAGAAGACCAUGAAGAUGAUGAUGAAGAAGAACUCCUGAAGCGAUCUGAGAAGUUGAAAAGGCAAAUGAGGUUGAGGAAAUACCUGGAAGAUGAAGCAGAGGUGUCAGGAAGUGAUGUGGGAAGUGAAGAUGAGUAUGAUGGGGAAGAGAUUGAUGAAUAUGAAGAGGACAUAAUUGAUGAAGUACUUCCUUCUGAUGAGGAACUACAGAGUCAAAUCAAGAAAAUACACAUGAAAACUAUGUUGGAUGAUGAUAAGCUACGUUUAUACCAAGAGAGGUACCUUGCUGAUGGGGAUCUGCACAGUGAUGGUCCUGGGCGAAUCAGGAAGUUUCGAUGGAAAAACAUAGAUGAUGCUUCCCAGAUGGACUUGUUCCACAGAGACUCUGAUGAUGAUCAGACCGAAGAACAGCUUGAUGAGUCAGAGGCCAGGUGGAGGAAGGAGCGAAUUGAACGAGAGCAGUGGCUUCGGGACAUGGCACAGCAGGGGAAAAUUACAGCUGAAGAAGAAGAAGAAGUUGGGGAGGACAGUCAGUUUAUGAUAAUGGCCAAGAAAGUUACAGCCAAAGCACUGCAGAAGAAUGCCAGUCGCCCUGUGGUUAUUCAAGAAUCAAAGUCUUUGCUCAGAAAUCCUUUUGAAGCCAUCAGACUGGGAAGUGCUCAUCAGGUGAAGACAGGCUCGCUGCUAAACCAGCCCAAAGCUGUGCUUCAGAAACUGGCUGCUCUCUCUGAUCUUAACCCCAGUGCUCCUCGAAAUUCAAGAAACUUUGUCUUUCAUACACUUUCUCCUGUCAAGACUGAGGCGGCAAAGGAAUUGUCUAAGUCCCAGGUAAAGAGAAGGGGUCCAUCUUUCGUGACUUCUCCUUCACCUAAGCGCCUCAAGACAGAUGAUAAUAGCACUUCAGGAUUGAAGCAAAGCAUCUUCAAAUACUUGGAGAGCUAACACCAUCAAGGGUACCAGAAUCUACCUUGAGACUGCCUUGAGAAGUUUCUAGCACUGAGAGUUGGAAUUGACACAAGGCAAUGAUCCUUCAUAAUCAAUGCAAUAAGAUUGCAGACUGAAAUUCCAGUUCUUUCUACUGAACAGCUCUGGACAUCUCUUUUCCUAGUAUUAGUCCCUGGAUUGGCCACUGAUCUCAACUCUGCAGUAUUUACAACGUCAACAACUCAUGGAAUACUUGGGUGAGGUUUCUUUUUUUUUUUUUUUUUUUUUAAGGUGGAGUCUCACUCUGUUGCCCAGGCUGGGGUGCAAUGGUGU